UUGUAUCUCCGACCAACCGGAGGCAUUUUUGUUUUGGCGCGUGACAGGAAGAGGCGGGAGCUCAGGACCCGCGCCUUCUCCUUGCUUCUCGGGGUCGUGGCCUUGCUCCCGCUGUGCAGAGCGAGAGUCCGGGCGCGUCCACGCGCGUGUGUGCCCGUGGAGCCUGUAGUGUUCGUGAGGCCGCGCUAAGUGUCUGUGGAGGCAGAAGCAGAAGCCAUGGGCGGGACGGCUAGCACCCGCCGGGUCACCUUUGAGGCGGACGAGAAUGAGAACAUCACCGUGGUGAAGGGCAUCCGGCUUUCGGAAAAUGUGAUUGAUCGAAUGAAGGAAACCUCUCCAUCUGGCUCAAAGUCUCAGCGGUAUUCUGGUGCUUAUGGUGCCUCAGUUUCUGAUGAAGAAUUGAAAAGAAGAGUGGCUGAGGAGCUGGCAUUGGAGCAGGCCAAGAAAGAAUCUGAAAAUCAGAAACGACUUAAGCAAGGCAAGGAACUGGACGGAGAGAUGACUUUAACCAAUGAGCAGUUAACCAGAGCUAUUCUUCGUGAGAGGAUAUCAAAUGAGGAGGAACGUGCUAAGGCAAAGCACCUGGUGUCAGACCUGCCGUGUCGUGGAGGGCUCUCCCUGUCCUCACCUGCUCCUGCUUUCCUUUGUCCUCCCCUAGCUAAGCAGCUGGAAGAGAAAGAUCGGGUGAUAAAGAAGCAGGAUGCAUUCUACAAAGAGCAGCUGGCUAGACUGGAGGAAAGGAGCUCAGAGUUCUACAAAGUCACCACUGAGCAAUACCAGAAAGCUGCUGAGGAGGUGGAAGCAAAGUUCAAGCGGUAUGAGUGUCAUCCUGUCUGUGCUGAUCUGCAGGCCCAAAUCCUCCAGUGUUACCGCCAGAACACCCAGCAGACCCUCAGCUGCUCUGCUCUGGCCAGCCAGUACAUGCGCUGUGUCAAUCAGGCCAAACAGUGUGAUUUGUAACAUUACCGAAGCAGCAGCUGCAGUGGUGUCUGGAGUAUUGACUGAAUCCUGAUUGUCUAGUUUGUGUUCAACUGUCUACAUGUAGCCCCAUGAGGUCAACAGCGUACAUUUAUAGAAUAAAACAGAGUUAACUUGUGACAAAGUCAAAUAUGCAGUAGAAUUUGAAUCGGGCAAAUCCAAGUUUGUAUCCAGGCCCUGCUUUUUACUGGCUCUGUGACCUUGGGCCUUGAUUUUAAUCCUCCAUGAAAUGAGGUGAUGUCAUCUACAGUGUUGUGCCAAUUCCAUUUCUAUAAAGUAUUCAAUAAGUCUGAA